GUCGGUGCAGUUUGAUUUGCCUUCAGACAAACAAUUCUCACAGUUCAGAUUGACUGUUUGUGUUGUAAAUCUCAUUUGUUAAUUAUUAAAUUUAACUGUGUUAAUCUAGUUUUUAAUUAAUUAAAUAGUAUUAUAAUAGUUAUCUCAAAAUGGCUCUCAGCAAUGCAGACGUCCAAAAACAGAUUUCCCACAUGAUGGCUUUCAUCGAGCAAGAAGCUCAAGAAAAGGCCGAAGAAAUAGAAACUAAAGCUGAGGAAGAGUUUGAAAUUGAAAAAGGUAGACUGGUGAAUGAACAAAGGAUCAAAAUUAUGGAAUAUUUCGAAAAGAAGGAGAAACAGGUCGAACUACAAAGAAGAAUCCAAAACUCUCACAUGUUAAACGCUGCCCGAUUAAAGGUCCUCAAAGCUCGAGAAGAACAUAUCAAAAGUGUUUCAGAAGAAGCUAGACAUAAACUUAUCGAAGUAACUAAAGAUCAAGACAUGUAUUCCAAGGUUAUGCAAAAGCUAAUUGCUCAGUGUUUAUUUCAACUGUUGGAAGAACAUGUUUUAAUCAAAUGUCGCCAACAAGAUAAAUCCCUAGUCGAAAAUGUUUUGGAAGCUGCUGUAGAGGAGUACAAACAAGCUACCAGUAAAAAAAUCAAAGCAGUUUUAGACAAUGAAAGAUUUCUUGCUUCUGAUUCAUGCGGUGGUAUCGAAGUUACUGCUCAAAAUGGCAAAAUUAAAUGUAUUAACACACUUGAGAGUAGACUUGAGGCUAUUUCCCAGCACACGUUGCCAAUGAUUCGGGUUGCUCUAUUCGGUCGUAAUCCUAACCGUAAAUUUGAUGAUUGAGCUGGUCUCCAUGUUUAUUCAUCAUAUUUUUUGUGUGUGGUUUCGAGUCGUAUUGUUAUAUUUUUUUCUUAUAUAUCUUUUUUUGGUUGCUGUUCACCAAGAAAUGGACUGAUUUCAUGUCCUGUGAUACGAUUAGGUUAUGAAAGAAUGUUACAUUAGUCCAAGCAUUCCAGAGAAUCAUACACACAACAAACUCAUACGCAACACAACAUAUUCUACCUUUUAUUCUGUUUUCCUAAUCAAGUGUUUUUUUCUCCUUUGUGGAAUCAGUUUGAGCAAAACUAUUCGCAGCAAUCAAGCAAGAUCAUCGUAUCAGAUUAUGGUGUAAUUUAAGAUUAUAUAAAGUAUAAUCCAGAUGAUUAAAUAUACCAAAAAGUUUAC